CGGCCCCCCGAGGGCAAUCCCGUAAUUGUCCCCACCAUCCGCCUCUUCUCCACCUCCAUCGAGCCCGCCGCCUCCCCCGGCGACAAUCCCCAUCUCAACAAGUUCUUCGUCGAUGGCCGCCCCGUAAACCCCCUCGUCGUCGAGAGGGCAGAAUCGGAAAACCAACAGCAACAACGCCAGGAGCAGUACAAACUAGAAGAAGACGAGGAGGAGGAGGAGAGGGAACUGGGCGGUGGCAGCGGCGUAGAUUUGAGGAAAUCGGAGGUCAAGUCGGAACUCGAGCUAGAGGCGUAGGCCGAUGAUCCCUCGGCGGCGAACGAGAAGCUGAACUACGAUCAGGUCUUCAUCAGGGAUUUCGUGCCGUCGGCGAUUGCGUUCCUUUUGAAGGGGGAGACUGAGGUUGUUCGCAAUUUCUUGCUGCAUACGCUGCAGCUUCAGAGCUGGGAGAAGACUGUGGAUUGCUAUAGCCCUGGACAAGGGCUGAUGCCAGCUAGUUUUAAGGUCAGGGCGGUGCCUUUGGAUGGAAGUAAUGAAGCAUUUGAGGAGAUUUUGGAUCCUGAUUUUGGAGAAUCAGCCAUUGGUCGUGUUGCACCAGUUGAUUCUGGAUUGUGGUGGAUUAUAUUGCUAAGGGCAUAUGGGAAAAUUACAGGAGAUUAUGCAUUGCAAGAAAGAGUUGAUGUACAAACAGGCAUCAAAUUGAUCCUGAAGUUAUGUUUAUCCGAUGGGUUUGACAUGUUCCCUUCUCUUCUGGUCACUGAUGGAUCUUGCAUGAUAGACCGAAGAAUGGGAAUCCAUGGUCAUCCCCUUGAGAUCCAAGCUUUAUUUUACUCAGCUCUUCGGUGUGCUCGUGAGACGAUCACUAUCAAUGAUGUGUCUAAGGACUUGGUACGUGCUAUUAAUAACAGACUAAGUGCAUUGUCGUUCCACAUCAGAGAGUACUACUGGGUGGAUAUGAAGAAGAUUAAUGAAAUAUAUCGCUACAAGACUGAAGAAUACUCCCAUGACGCAAUUAAUAAAUUCAAUAUCUACCCUGAUCAAAUUCCUUCUUGGCUAGUGGAUUGGAUCCCUGAAAAAGGAGGUUACCUCAUUGGCAAUCUACAGCCAGCUCACAUGGACUUCAGGUUUUUUUCCCUUGGCAAUCUAUGGGCCAUAGUCUCAUCUCUUACUACUCCAAGGCAAGCUGAGGGUAUUCUUACUCUUUUUGAAGAUAAAUGGGACGACCUUGUUGCAAAGAUGCCCCUGAAAAUAUGCUACCCGGCUCUAGAAUAUGAAGAAUGGCGUAUAAUUACUGGCAGUGAUCCAAAGAACACACCUUGGUCAUACCACAAUGGUGGAUCUUGGCCUACGUUGUUGUGGCAGUUCACAUUGGCCUGCAUCAAGAUGGGCAAACCAGAAUUAGCUGAGAGGGCCAUUUCUAUUGCUGAGAAGAGGCUUUCAAAGGACCGGUGGCCAGAAUACUAUGACACCAGAAAUGGAAGAUUCAUUGGGAAACAGUCACGGCUUUAUCAAACGUGGACUAUUGCUGGAUUCUUGACAUCCAAAAUGCUCUUGCAACAUCCAGAGAUGGCUGCCAUAUUAACCUGUGAAGAAGAUCUAGAGCUUCUCGAAUUUUGUGUAUGUGGCCUAAGAAAGACAUCCCGGACCAAGUGUUCUCGCCUUGCUGCCAGAUCGCAGAUCCUCGUUUAAGAAUGGUGUUGGUUGGGAAAAGGAAAUAUACAAUUAAACAUACAAUUCAUUUCACACUGGGAAUUUCUUCAUGUUGCAAGGAUUUUCCCAUGAUAAUGUACAUUAUUUUUUGGGAUGUCAUUUGGCACUAAAUACAAGUGGGCAUUUUUGUGAGUA